GAUGGUGAUGAGGAGGAAUCUGAGGGUCCACUGCGGCUGCCCUUUGCUGGGAGGAUAAAGACCGGCAUCAGACCUGGCAUGCGGAUCCUGGUGACUGCCAUCGUUUCCAAGCGUCCCAAGAGCUUUGCCAUCGAGCUGGCGUGCGGCUCGGAGGAGGGCGCCGACGUGGCGCUGAGGCUCGAGGUGCAGUUCCCCGGCCGCACCAUCGCGCGCAACGCCAUGCUCGGUGGGCAGUGGGGCGCGGACGAGACGAGCGUGCCCUACUUCCCCUUCACCCCCGGGCAGCCCUUCAAGUGCGAGCUGCUGUGCGAGCACGAGCGAUUCCGCGUCACCGUGGACCAGCAGAACCUCUGCGGGUUCUGCCACCGGCUCCAACCGCUGCACAGCAUCAACAGCGUGCGCGUCCGCGGCGACCUGAGGCUCACCAAGGUCACCUGAGUGGCCUCCAGCGGGGCCCGGGGUCACCCCCCCCCCCCCCCCCACCAAGCAGGGCCCGAGCCACGGGAGGGAGGUGGGGUGCGCCAGGCUGAGCCCGGCCCUGCAGCUCCGCCAGUAGAUGUCCCAGAUUUGAAGCUUUCGUGACUGCAAGGACUUUUAUUAAUUU